GGGAAAAGCCCUUCGAGGCGCGGAACCUUUCUGCCGCUUGUCCUUGUUCCCGCCCGGAACGACCUGGUCCCUUCUGGUUUCGGUCGCUAUGGCGCUGGCGCCGCUGGGUUCGUUCCUGGUGGCGCUGCUUGCGCUGCUGUGGCUGGUCUCGCGCUGGCUGCGACGACGCGGCGCGGGUUGGGGACACCGAACCCUGUGUGCGGCGGGACCAGCGCGGGCCGAUGACGUACGAGCCCUGGUCGUGACGGCGCACCCUGAUGACGAAGCAAUGUUCUUUGCUCCCACAAUCCUCAGCCUGGGCAGGUUUCGGGCCCAGCUCUGGCUGCUGUGCUGCUCUUCAGGAAAUUACUACAAUCAAGGGGAGAGUCGUAAGAAAGAACUUGUACAGAGUUGUGCUGUUUUGGGGAUCCCUUCUUCCAAUGUAACAGUUAUUGACCACAGGGACCUUCCAGAUGAUCCAUCUGUUGAAUGGGACACACAUCUCCUCUCUACCUUUGUGCUAGAGCACAUAGAAACCAACCACAUCAACCUGCUGAUAACCUUUGAUGCGGGAGGAGUGAGCGGCCACGCUAACCACAUCGCCCUUUACACGGCUCUAAGGUACCUGCAGUCAGAGGGGAAGUUACCUGAAGGGUGCCGGGUCCUUACGCUCAAGUCAGUAAACCUCCUCCGGAAGUAUAUCUCCAUCCUGGAUGUGCCUAUUAGCUGCCUCCAGUCCCAGGAUGUUCUCUUUAUACUAACCAAGGAGGAGUCUGAACUAGCCAAGAGAGCCAUGCAGUGCCAUCACAGCCAGCUUCUCUGGUUCCGACACACCUAUAUCCUGUUCUCACGCUUCAUGGUGAUCAAUUCACUUUGCCUUCUGUAAAGGGAAGGAGAAUCAUACACACUUCCAGGGAUAUUGAGAGACCAGAGAAGGGAGACAAAGAAAAGAGAGGCUCUGCCUGACCAAGCACUAUUGAAAGCUCUUGCUUCUUUAAUGUCUCAAGAAGAGGACAGAAAUCCACCUUCUGGGUGCCCUGCAGCCUCUGAUUGAAACAUACAGUAUUUACAUCCUUCUAAGUGUCCUUUGCCUGACAGCCUGGGUUCAAACAAUUACUGAACUCCCAUUGUAGUAGUGUAACUGGUCUUAGAACACCCAGCAAAUCAGAUUGAUCUGAGUCUAAUUACUAGUGAAGUCGAAUUUUGGAGGUGUUUAGGAUACAGCAUGUACUGUAUGUGCUUUUACAAUGGGUUUCCCCAGGGAGACCAGGCCCAGAUCACCACCUGGUGAUUCCUGCUUUUUAUCCAUUUCCCUCUGCUGUAAAGAUCAGGCACCAGGAGUGACUUGUCCAAGGAUACACAUUGUCCCUUGGGGUUUGAACCAGGAUCCUCACAGCCCUCAGGCUGUAACAUUGAACCACACAGGCCUGCCUGUCAGUCAGCCAGUUCCUGCUAAUGGAGGGCUGGUUUCUUGACUUUAAAAUGCCAAAACUUUAGGAAUAAAAUAUUAAAAAUUAUACAGACUAAUA